CGGCCGGGCAAUGGUGUUGCUGAGAAGGUUAGCAGGGUCCAGCCGCGAUGACAUCGGAAAUUGUGAGGCGUAUGACAUGGGACGACGUGCCGCAGGUGGUCGCGAUAUGGAAGGACACGGGGCUCGCCGAGGGCACUCACACGGUGCACACCUUCUUCCGAUUUGACCCAGAGGGAUUCUAUGUGGUGGCCACGGAUACAGGGGAAGUUCUUGGAACCUGUGCUGCAGUGAUCCUCCAUUCCAAACUAGCCUUCGUCGGUCUCUAUGCGGUCAAGAAAUCCCACAGGGGAAAGGGUCUUGGAGUCCGAAUAUGGAAAAAAGCCAUGGAACAUAUAGGAGAAAGGAACGCUGGUCUGAAUUCAGUACCUGAACACCUCAGGACGUACAGGGACCUUGCUGGUUUCAGCAACGUAGCACCUUGGUGUACUCUAAUAUGCGAGGGAGUUCCGGAUUUUGGAAUUCGAAAUACCGAACCGGAAGGCAUUCAGAUAGUUCAGAUUCGAGCUUCAGUACUUCCUGCUGUUAUCAACUACGACGCAACCAUACAAGGCUACGACAGAUCCAAAAUCGUUACUUUGAGCACAGCAGAGGAAGAUAGCUAUGCUUUAGCUGCCGUGCGCAAUGGAACCAGGAGAGUCUGCGGUUACGGCUGCAUCAAAAAUAAUGUCCAGGAUUCGCUGCUGGUCGGGCCACUGUACGCCGAUCGAAUCGACAUCGCUGAAGAACUUUUGCGUCAUCUCUUCACCGAAUUCCCUGGAGAUUCCAACGGCAAAAUCACAAUUGGCGUCAUAAACUGCAAUUCCGAAGCCAUGAAGCUAGUGACGAAGUUGAAUCUGGACAUUGGCGAGGAAGUGCCUCGUUGCUACACGAAAGAGCAGGUUCACGCCAACUUUGAGAAAGUUUUUGGCCAACACGCUCUCAAUUUUUGCCCGUUUUGAAAUCGAAUAUAUAUGUAUGACGUAAUUGGUUUUAGUUUGGUGUGCAUAAUUAUUACCAAACUGACUCUAUAUCUGUUUUUAUUUCAUGUGCAUUUACUGUUAAAUACGAAAGCUGACUCUAUAUAUGUUUUUUAUUUCAUAUGCAAUUAUUGUUAAAUACGAAAACUGACUCUAUGUCUGCUUUUAUUUCAUAUGGAAUUAUUGUUAAAUACGAAAGCUAACUCUAUCUGUUUUCAUUUCAUAUGCAUUUAUUAUUGAAUACGAAAGCUGACUCUAUGUCUAUUUUUAUUUCAUAUGCAUUUAUUGUUAAAUACGAAGGCUGAGUCUAUGUCUGCUUUUAUUUCAUAUGCAUUUAUUGUUAAAUACGAAGACUGGCUCUGUAUCUGUUUUCAUUUCAUAUGCAUUUAUAGUUAAAUAAGAAGGCUGAGUCUAUAUCUGUUUUCAUUUCAAAUGCAUUUAUUAUUGAAUACGAAAGCUGACUCUAUAUAUGUUUUUUUAUUUCAUAUGCAUUUAUUGUUAAAUACGAAGGCUGACUCUAUGUCUGCUUUUAUUUCAUAUGGAAUUAUUGUUAAAUACGAAAGCUAACUCUAUCUGUUUUCAUUUCAUAUGCAUUUAUUAUUGAAUACGAAAGCUGACUCUAUGUCUAUUUUUAUUUCAUAUGCAUUUAUUGUUAAAUACGAAGGCUGAGUCUAUGUCUGCUUUUAUUUCAUAUGCAUUUAUUGUUAAAUACGAAGACUGGCUCUGUAUCUGUUUUCAUUUCAUAUGCAUUUAUAGUUAAAUAAGAAGGCUGAGUCUAUAUCUGUUUUUUAUUUCAUAUGCAAUUAUUGUUAAGUGAGAAAGCUGUUCGAAGUCAAAAGAGUGUUAAAUAUUGUUUAUAUGCUUUGUUAUUCAGGACGUAGAUAAUAUUUACUGGACAUGCUUUUAAUUAGAUAGCCUAAACAAGAAACUUCGACAGAUAAUCUCUUCCGCGCAAUAGCUUUUAACCACUUGCCAAAUAAGGAUGGAAUCUUGCCCCGGGUCAAAGAAGGAACAAAUUUUAAUAGAGCUAUGUGCAGCAAGCCCAUCCAUUGCCAGUUGAUACAUCCCAUUUUGGCUCGUUCUUCUUUUUAUACCCCCAAAUGACAGAAAACUAAAACAUUAAGCAAUUCGAUUUUCCAUUAACAUACUUACAUCAAGACAGAAGGUCGGGUUAUCACCUCUGAGCAAAAUAAGAUCAAAUAUUAGAAAGCAUUAUGAAGAAAACUCAUCGAUUGCCAUGCGACUUACUCCCUUUAGGCACAACUUCAUAUUGUACCGUUGGCUGACAGGAAACAAAAACACUAAACCAUUUAAUUUUCUAUUUACUUAUUUAUAUUGAGACAGAAGGUCGGGUUCUCAACUACAUAAAAUACAAGAGAGUAAAUAUUCCCAAAGCCUUAUGCAGAAAAAUCCUUGCAAGUUACAAUUUAUCUUAAGGUAGAUAUCUUUUAUUAUUCCAUUGUUUGACAAAAAGCCCAAGUACUAAGCACUUUGACAUCUUAUAUGCAAUUUUGAGAUUGCUGAAUUAAAUUCAGUCUUCACAUGUAGAAAGAAGUGGUGUAGCAAGGGUAAAUGGCGUUGGGGGCAUCAUAUUUUUCUCCGUUACGUCACCAUAUUUGACAUCAUAGGCUACUGCUUCGACGUGUCUUCUAGGGUAUGCGACGGAGCAAUUAUAUCUCCCCUCCCCAGUCCCACAUGGAAACUUGACCCUUCAGCACACGCACCCAUAUUUUGAAUAUUAACACAAAUACAACAAUAUAAGUUAACAUAACUACAAAACGAAGAGAGCUAGAUAGAUAAAAUUAGGCACACUCAUUUAAUAUCUAUAGUGUUGACACCUAUCAAAUUUUGAGUCAAAUCCAGUGAGGGGUUGACCGUCUGUCGAUCUGUACCUUCAGAAACAUAUAAACGCGAUAACUCAAAAAAUUAAAUAUAUAAAAUAUGAUUUGGGAUUUUAUGAUUACAAUUGCAGCUUUUUAACAAUUUUUUAUUUCAAUCGAUUGGUAAAAAACGCAUCUAAAAUACAGAUUCGAUUUUCGGAUGUUAUUAACGCAUCCUAAGGCUUAACCGCCAAAUAACUCGCCAUGAAUGACACGAUAGGUUAAUUGAAAAUGCUAAAUUCACGCCAAAGGUUAAUAUUUCCAAACUGUUCUAACGCCAAUGCCAAAUAACUCGCCAUGAAUGACAGGAUAGGUUAAUUUAAAAUGCUAAAUUCACGCCAAAGGUUAAUAUUUCCAUACUAUUCUACGCAAAUGCCAAAUAACUCGCCAUGAAUGGCACGAUAGGUUAAUUUAACAUGCUAAAUUCACGCCAAAGGUUAAUAUUUCCAAACUGUUCUACGCCAAUGCUAAAUAACUCUCCAUGAAUGACACGAUAGGUUAAUUGAAAAUGCUAAAUUCACGCCAAAGAUUAAUAUUUUUAAACUAUUCUACGCCAUUGUCAAAUAACUCGCCAUGAAUGACACGAUAUAUUAAUUUAAAACGCUAAAUUCACGCCAAAGGUUAAUAUUUCCAAACUAUUCUAUGCCAAUGCUAAAUAACUCUCCAUGAAUGACACGAUAGGUUAAUUUAAAAUGCUAAAUUCACGCCAAAGGUUAAUAUUUCCAAACUAUUCUACGCCAAUGCCAUGCAAGAUGUUCUCGAGUAUAACACUUUUAUGCAAAUAUGCGAGAAAGGUUUGAAGAGAAUCGAGCGUUUUUGCUGUUGUAGAAAUCAUAAAAUAUGGGUAAAAACGUCAAAUAUAAUAUUAGACGAAACUUUGAACGUUUCGCAUCUGAGACUAAUGCAUUUGACAUAUAAUUUCCCUGCUGUCGUACUAAAGGGAAAAUAAAUCAUUCCCUUUUCUUUCUCUUAUACGUAGUAUAGAGAAAGUAUUGUAAUCGUCAAGAAAUUCGAACUCGAGAUCUCUACUUUACUGACCUCUCCGAGUUCGAAAAACACAUUUUUGGAAAAUGUCCGUAAGAAAGACAACUGCCUGUGACAAAGAUAACUCAAAAACGCUUUGAGCUAGACAGUUGAAAUUUGGUAUACGGUCUUUACAUCAAAUUUGUAAACCUCUAUCAAAUUUUGUGUAAAAUCUGUUCAGAGCAAGUACGGCUGUUCGAAUAUAAGGUAAGACAAUCAUUAUAAAACUAAGAGAGCCAAAUCUAUAAAAUUCGGAACACAGAUUUAACAUGUAUAGUGUAGAAAUUUGUCAAAUUUUGAUCCAAAUCCAAUUGCGGAUUGAUUGCCUGUCGGUCUGUUCUUUCAGAAACAUGUAAACGCGAUAAUCCAAAAACGCAAGGAUUUAAAUAUAUCAAAUAAAGUAUGGGAUUUUGUGAUUACAAGUACAGUUUUGUGUCAAAUCUCUGCUCCAAUCGAUUGAGAAAAAUGUGCCUAAGCACAAAUUCGAUUUCGAACACUGUUAACGGUAUGUCAGGGAUGAAUCGCCAAAAAUCUCGCCAAGGAUGAUACGAUAGAUUCCGUAAAAAUGCCAAAACUUAAUAUUUCAUAAUUAUUGAACACCAUCCAAGGCGUUCUCUGGCAUGACAAAUUUAUUAGAGAAUAUGCGAGAAAGUUUUCGGAAGACCACUCCCGCUGCUCUCAAUACUUAACAGAAUUGCAUAAAACGAUGAUAUGAAUACAGAGUGAACUUUUGAUAUAAGUACGGAACGAUCCUUUGAUAUGAGUACAGAUGGGUCCUUCAAUACGAAUGCAGAGUGAUUCUUUGAUAUGAAUCAAUAUGAUUUCACUGCCAAGAGGAUGAACUUAAUAACUUUUCUAUGAGCAAAAAUUUCUUCAAAGUUAUAAAGCAUGUCUAGUGUUAAUUUGUAUGUCUUGAAAUUCUUUUGUGUUAGAAUUCUGUAAGAAAUUUUAAUAAUAAUUAAAGUAACAGUUUUAGGUGUUGAA